CCCCAAUUCCGCGCUGUUUGAUGCAGCUGUUCACGGAGGGCGGCUUGUAGCAGUAUUCUCUACUGUGCGUUCCGACACACCCACGGUAGUGCUGGCCGCACCCCAGAACCCUCUUGCCCAUUGUGGGCGCAGUGUGUGUAAACCCAUCGCUGUCGCUUGUCACAAGGGGGACUGCGCCUGGGCUAUAACAGUGUGAGACAUUCUGCUCGGCGUGGCUAAGCUACUUUGUAAAUGUGUGAGGACAGCAGUGGGGGCUCCUCCCAACAGCCUUCACUGCUGCGAACAGCUUGGAUGGGAGAAAUGCUUAAGUUAACGAUUUCGAAAAGCAGCGGCGUUGAGCACCCUCUGCUGCCUCUCUUUGAACGGGAAACCGACACACCUUGUUUCUGUUGCAGUAAAUUAAAAUUUAGGGUUUUUUUCUAUGGAGGCAGUGUGAAGAUUGCUCCUGGAGCAGUUGUAUGUGUAGAAAGUGAAAUCCGGGGUGAUGUAACCAUAGGACCUAGGACAGUGAUCCACCCUAAAGCACGGAUUAUUGCAGAAGCCGGGCCAAUAGUGAUUGGGGAAGGUAACCUAAUAGAAGAACAGGCGCUUAUCAUAAAUGCUCACCCUGAUAACAUCACCCCUGAUGCUGAAGAUCCAGAACCAAAACCUAUGAUCAUUGGCACCAAUAAUGUGUUUGAAGUUGGCUGUUAUUCCCAAGCCAUGAAAAUGGGAGAUAAUAAUGUUAUUGAAUCAAAAGCGUAUGUGGGCAGAAACGUAAUCCUGACAAGUGGUUGCAUCAUUGGGGCUUGCUGUAACCUGAAUACAUUUGAGGUCAUCCCUGAGAAUACAGUGAUCUAUGGUGCAGACUGCCUUCGUAGGGUGCAGACUGAGCGACCACAGCCCCAGACACUACAGCUGGAUUUCCUGAUGAAAAUCUUGCCAAACUACCACCACCUAAAGAAGACUAUGAAAGGAAGCUCAACUCCAGUUAAGAACUAAGAACAAUAUACAACAUCAAGAUAACAGUUUGUCUUUGACCACUGUCUUUUGAGAGGGCCACAGUGUUUAUGUGCUCUUAGCAAUUCACAGAUUAAUACAUGUUGACUUUAUUUUAUAAAAUUGAGUCAGAGAGGAAAGUAAUGUAUUUUCAUUAUAACUGUCCUCUGUAAUUACAUAAAAUGCAUUAUUUUCCUAUAUCCUUAACUCCUUUUCUGAGAAUUUACAGGUUUGGUUUAUUUUUCUUUUGUCAUAUGUUGGCCAUGAUUUUAGUUGUGUAAAAGAUUCCCUGUGAUAAGAAGGGGCAUAUUACUAUGUAUUUAUAUUCUAGCAUAUGUUGUAUUCAAUAAAAAUGCUAGUGACGGGACUUUCAGUGAACAUACUUUGAUCAAGUUUUCUACUUGUGUUAACUUCGCUAAAAUAGCUCUUUUAAUUUUUACUGUGUACUAGCCCUAUUAAAGCUAAUGUGUUUAUCUUUUC